UAAAUUUUCAAAUGUAAAAUACGUUGUCCUAUCUAGUUUUUUCUUCUUUUUCUAAUGGAAGAGAACUGAUAACCAAACAAUACCAUUUUGAAUGCUACAAUUUAAGGUUACUUCAUGAGCAAUGACAGACCCCUUGGCAGUAUGGGCAGAAGACAGACGGAACACAAUAAAGGAGUUGCGAAAACUUGCUGAGGAAAUUAAACUCCAUGCCAAGAAAGCAAAGAUUGCUAGUGUUGUUGGCGGAGGAACAAGUGUUGUUGCAGGCAUUGGAGCAGCCGCUUGUUUCUUUGCUGCACCAUUUACUUUUGGUGGGAGCCUUGUUCCAGCAACGGCCCUUACAGGUAUUGCAAUAGCUGGAGGUGUAACAUCUAUAGGAUCUUCAGUAACAAACUAUUUCAUCGAAAAGGGAUAUCUUAAAAGUGUUCAAGAGGCUCUUGAUAAAGAUAGAGAAUCAUUUAAUAAACUCAAAAAGGCUGUUGUAAAGGCUAAAGCAAUCACCGCAAAGGAAAGUGUAGAGUGUGCUUUUAAGAUUGGCAAAGGCAUUCCAGGUGGUGUAAACGUUGUUACAUCCAUUGCUCGUAAACUCACAGUAUCUGAAAAAGCUGCUGCCAGUCUUUUAAAACUCGGUCGGACAGCAAGAUUUGCCGGCCACGCAGUUGCACUCGUUGCUUUACCACUUGAUAUAAUCUUUUUUGUUAAAGAUGUUAUAGAUUUGACCAAAGGAAAUGUCUCAAAAGCCGCUGAAAGAGUUUAUGAAUUAGCAAACAAUUUACAGACAGAGAUUGAUGAUAUACUAGUGGAUUCUUAAACAUUGAUAGCUGUUAACCUUAUUUUAAUAUUUUUUGUUUGAACUUGUAUUACAUGAUACCCUCUGCGAGGCAAUACUCUUUGGAAGACAAAAGAAUGGCUGAUGCUGAAAGGUGUCGCUCGUGAUAGGUUAGUGCAUGAUGUGGUCCUUUUUUUAGGAAACAUGUUGAUAUAAUAAUGUUUUUAGGGAUAGCUCAGCAGAGGUUGCAUUGUUAUACGUAUUCAGUUUCGUAUUUUCUAGUAUAUAAUUAUAUUAAAUCUUUCUGUUUUUUUUUACCCUUCUAACAUUUUAUUUAUCAUUUUACUAUAAUUAUUAAAAAUUUAUGAUGUUUUAGUUUAAUUUUAUUUCUAUUUGAAUUUAAAGAGAAAUAUUAAUCGCAUGUUGUUUUAUGAAUUUACUAUUUAUCUGCUGCAUGUGUAUGGUGUAGUGCUGACAUACAUUUUGCAUUUACAAGUUUCAAAUUCUAAACUUAUACUACAAUUUGUCACAGUGCAUACAAUACUUUAUAAUUAAAUAUGAACACAUUGGCUAUGAUUAAAUCCAUAUUCAUUUUCUUUUCUGUUAUGUUCUGUUUGACAUCAAUUUCAUACUUUUAAAAAUCUGUCUAUUGUUUGAGUUUUACGUCGCGUCUACAUUGUCAUGGUAAUAUGACGACUUUUCAGGUUUUCUAGAAGAGGACAACACCUAGAUGCCCCAUCCGUGCACCG